AUGGGCUCUGGCAUCCUGCUGGGUCUUCAGGCUGCAGUGGAGACCACCACGGAUGAGCCUCCUGCCCCCAGAGCUGAGUCCAGUGAGACUCAGACUCAGGAGUUGGGCCGCAGCCAGCACCAGUGCAGGGAGCCCCUUGCUAGGAGUCGGCUAGCUCCUCGCGUGGCAUUCUGGGAUGCUGAGCCAAGACUGGCUUUGAUCAAUGCGACGUCGCCAAGUCACAAAGUGCGCCUCCCUGCACAGACCCCAGCGGCCGAGCCUUCCCCUCGCUCUGGCGGCACAGUUCUGCCCGCUGAGCUCCCCUACCCAGGCACGAGGCCUGCGGCCCUCCGACAUGGUGGACUACUCCCAGGUGAGGCCAUCAGGAAGGCGUACCGCAAGCUGGCCCUCAAGUGGCACCCCGACAAAAACCCGGAGAACAAGGAGGAGGCGGAGAAGAGAUUCAAAGAGGUGGCCGAGGCCUACGAGGUGCUGUCGGACGCCAAGAAGCGGGACGUCUACGACCGUUAUGGCCAGGCCGGGGUGAGCGGAGGCGGCGGCGGCGCGCCCUUCCACGACCCCUUCGAGGACGUCUUCAGCUUCCGCGACCCGGCCGACGUCUUCAGGGAGUUCUUUGGUGGCCGCGACCCAUUUUCCUUUGACUUCUUCGGAGACGCGCUUGAGAACGUUUUCGGGGGUCGAAGGAGCUCCCGGGGAAGCAGAAGCAGAGGGUCAGCACCGCUUUUCUCCACCUUCAAUCAGUUUCCAGCUUUUGGAGGUGGUUUUUCCUCUUUUGAUCCAGGAUUUUCGUCCUUUGGCCCCCUGGGAAAUGGGGGCCUUUCUUCCUUCUCCAUGUCGUGUGGGAGUGGUGCGGCAGGCAGCUUCAAGUCCGUGUCGACUUCCACCGAGAUAGUUAACGGCAAAAAAGUCACCACCAAGAGAAUCAUUGAGAAUGAAGAAUCUAUAAACAGCAUCGUUGACCACGACAGUCUGGAGAAGCCUGAGCAUGACGUGGAAAUAGUCAUCCAGAGUGGGGGCCACAUGCCAUGGGACCACCUUCGAAUCCUGUGCACCUGA